AUGGCGUGCCACAACAGCCGUGCGCGGCGAAAUGCUUUUUAUGGCGAUCAACCUCGGUGUGGGCGAAAUCGCGAACCCCAUUGCGACCAGUUACAGGCCCGCGAAGGGAAUACCUACUUUGUUCCUGACGCUGUCAAGGCCUCUCCCCCAGACGCCACUAGUGCUUAUCAGGGACCCCUAAGAUCUUCACAGCAACAGCUUGGAGAGGCUUUUCCUCGUUCGACUUCUUACUCCUCAAAUACUUGGGAAGACGCUGGCGUCGGAGAGCCUGAGCCUUUUGACAGUGAGCAGCGGAGAGCAGAGAAGCGGAGAGCAAAAACCCUUGACGAAGUUGAAGAACGUCCUUUUCCGAGAUUUCCUGAACAGCCUACCAAUUUUGCCCCAAAUCUUUGGCGAAGUGGACAAAGGCCACUAGAAACUAGUGAAUCACUUGUUGAAGCCUUUCCGCCGUUUGAUCCAGCACCUGGUAGUUCAGGAUUUUACUACGAAGACGCACCCUAUUUUGCUCAGUCGUCUCUUGAUCCUGCCACAACUUCACCAUUUUCAUACCGCCCCGCUGAAUCACCGGCUGCUGAAGCUUUUCCACUACCUGAUCCAGCGCCUAGCAGUUCAGGGUUUUACUACGAAGACUCACCCUAUUACAAUCAACCCUCCCCCGGGGCUGCUCCAACAUCUUACUCUUCACACAGUCCCGGUGUCGCUAAUCAAACACCCCGCAGGCCUCCGCCACCUUCAGAUCCAAACCCGCUAUCUGAUUAUUCCACAAAUCCUCCCAGAUCAAACACAUUCUCUCCGCGCUCACCAGUUUUAUACAGCCACGCAGCUGUACUCUAUCAACCACCUUCUGAUUUACCCCGGCCUACUGACAAGCCUUUCUACGACCCAUUCAAUCAGCCCAAGGACGCCUAUCAAAACCGCCCUGAUACUCUGAACCAGCCCAAGCCAUCGCUUGGUUUUCAAUCCCCUCCCCAUCCAUUUGGUUCAAAGAAUCAUCCACUUAGGGCUCGGGGCAACACAUUUGACGUAGAAAAUCAACCAUUCAGAGCCCGGGGCAACUCAUUUGGCACAGAAAACCAACCCCCAAGGAACCCGUACAACAACCCUCCGCCUCCAACUAGGCGUCCUACAUUAAAUCCAACACGCGAUCGUGCCAAGACCUUACCGAGCGCUCACGAUUUCCAAACAUUUGACAGGAGACACAAUUUCAACCCUUUAUAUUUCUAUCCGGGAAACGAACGUCGAUAUAUAAAUAACGAUUCACAACUGGGUCCCGUCGUUCAAAGAUUUCCCGAGGCGGAUGUUUAUGAACCCAAAGAGCUAUCCGCAAAUAUCUUAGCCACAUGGGCAGGCGAACCUGCUGACUAUAACGACCUUCUAAACUACUCCGUACGAUAUUCAAAGCUACCCUUUCAACGAAAAUCCAGCGUCACGGAAUUUGCAGUUCUGCCAAAAAUCCAGGUCGACGAAUCUUGCUUCAGCGUACACAACAGGUGGAUUGAAGGGGCGAUCGACCAUACGAACAAAAUUUCUGAGAGGGGAACAAACCUACGUCCCACCAUGGCUUCGACGUAUCUUGACCCUUCAUCGGCUAUGGUGACAAUCACCAAGCAGAAGGCUGAGGCUAUGAGAUUAGCGAAGGAGCAAGGGGCCGCUGUGAAGGAAAUGUGUAGGAGAGCGAAAUCGGAUAUGCCUCCUUAUGUAUUCGAGGAGCUUAUUGGGAAGGGAGCUUAUGGGAGAGUGUACAAGGGUCGCCAAAUCCAUUCACAGAAGGUCGUGGCCAUCAAAGUGCUAGAAAUUGAUACGGUUGAUUACAAGUCCGUGCGAGAUAUGAAGGACGAAUCGAUCAAGGAUUUCAUCCAUGAAACGAAAGUGAUGAUGCAGGUCAAGGAAGCCGGAGCUAAAAAUAUCAAUAUGCUCAUUGAAGCUUUUUCGAUCCAUUCUCAGCUGUGGCUGGUUUGCGAGUAUUGUCCCGGGGGAAGUGUGAAGACUUUGAUGCGAGCAAUGGGCGAUAAACUUGAAGAACGAUUCAUUAUUCCAAUUGCAAGAGAGCUCGCGGAAGGUCUCAAGGCCAUCCACGACGCCGGCAUUAUCCAUCGUGACAUUAAAGCGGCCAAUGUCUUGAUUCAUGAGGAAGGCCGCUUGGAGAUAUGUGACUUCGGAGUGGCUGGUGUUCUCCAGAGCAAGGUGGACAAACGUACAACAUGGAUUGGGACUCCGCAUUGGAUGCCCCCUGAGAUGUUUCCCAUGAGGGGAGGAGGUGAGAUGCAUCAAUAUGGAAGUGAGAUUGAUGUUUGGGCAUACGGCUGUACCCUUUUCGAAUGUGCUACGGGAAACCCACCCAAUGCAACAUUAAGAGAGAGGAUGCAAAUUGGACGUCAACUUAACAGAUUCACACCGAGGUUAGAGGACGAUAGCUUUACCGAAGGUUUACGCUCACUGGUAUCAUUUACACUGGAUUCGGAUCCUACAGUGCGCCCUACGAUGGAAAAGAUCCUCCAACAUCACUACCUUGCUCACACAAGAGAAUCCCACCCAACAACUUCGCUGAGAGAACUAGUGAAGAUAUAUUACCAAUGGGCUCAACGUGGCGGCCAGAGAAUCUCCCUCUUUAAUCCAGGAGGCGCCAUUGCUUCUGAAUUUCCUGGGGAAGAGGACUCAAUUUACCAAGAUGAUUGGAACUUCAGCACCACUACUAGCUUUGAGAGAAGGUUCUCUCUGAUAGAUUUCGAUCAGCUUUCUGCGUCACUGGCAGAGCUCGAGGAUGAGAUAACUCCCACUCCGCCCGAGCCACCAAGGGAUGAGUAUGAUGACAGUAACGAUGCCGAUUUGACUGCACAGGAAAGAGCCAACUUUGACGAGCGGGUCAAGAGAGGCGCUGCGGCUAUGGAGGGUAUAUUUAACGAAGAUAAACCGGAUUACAAAUAUGAGACGAAGAGGGAUUUUGUCCCUGUGCAGCAGCAAAGAUUUUCCUCCGACCUCCCUCUCAGAACUGACACUGACAGAUCCUCUGUUACUUCUACUUUGAUUGACCUCAACCUUGGCGACUAUGAGUCUUCCCAUUAUGCAGCGGGCUCCGCGUCUAACAACCCCCGAUUCCAGCUUGCAGAUGCCAACACAAUUCGAGCAAAUCGAUCAAGCAGCAAACUUACACGCAAUUCAAACACGAGCAGCGACUCUAGCGACUACCAGCCAGCCCGCGGACCUCGCCCUCCGACGAUGGAAUGGACUUUCCCAUCCUCAAUGUCAGCGGAUGCACAUUACGACUUCAACCAUGACGACGACAGUGGAAGCGGACAGCACCACUUCCAGCCACAACAUCAAGAAAAACGAGAUACCUGUGCCUGGACCUUCCCAAUCAUGACAACUGAGCCAGAGGAAUCAUCCGCACACGAGGAACCAGACCAAUGGGGCAGCGGAGUCGCCUCAUCCAAUCGCCUCAGCCACGAGGACGAAAUGGCAAAGCGCUUCCCAACCCUCCAGUGGUCGUCCAACAACCGGUCUAUGGGCCUCGACGGUGCCUCAGACUCUCGGCCAUCAACAGCAACGUCCUAUCACUCCGCAACAUCAGAUGCAGACAACGACCCAUUCAGAUUCGAUAGACCUGUCACCCCGCCCGCAGUCGAAGAUACAGACGAUCUCUCCUCCUCCUGCGACACGUUCCCCUCGAUCACCGACUCAGCCAUAUUCACGGACUUCGACGCUGAUACCGCCCCAUCAUCGCUGAACUACACUGCAUACUCCCGAAACCACAGCCACAAUAACCAUCGUGACAACUGUGGCAUGGGGAACAGUAACGGUUCACUCGCCGGACCCGGACCUGAUCAUGACACGGCGGUUGAGAAUGGUGGGGUAGAAAGGUCCCAGUGUAGUGCAGAGCCUGAUGCAGGGCAUCUGGAUUUCCCGCAGCCUGUCCCGCCGAGCAUGGAGAGUUUGACAGAGGGUGCGAGUGAUGAGGUCUUUGCGCGGGAGCUUACUAGGUUGCUGGGGGAAUUCUUGAACGGGUUGGCGAUUACGGGGCAGCGGCUUGUGAGGACUGAGGUUGGGAAGAGUAGGGAGGUAGGUGCGGAUGUAAAUGGAAAUGGAAUUGGAAUUGGGAGUGACCAUGAAGGAGGUCGUGGUCGUGGUCUUUGCCGUGGUGACAAUGGUAUUGGGCAACCUGGGCCUGGGCGCGAGGAUUGA